UUAUCUCCCGUGCAGAAAUCAAGUGCGUAGAUCUAAGACUACGAAUUGCUGAUGUGGCAAUAUCAAGGGUGUCCAAGUCCUCAUAACAUUCAUUGUAAUGCUUCAUAAUUACGGGCCAGUGGAAGAGAUCCUCCCAAAAAUUUUAGGACUUCUGAGAGGGAGAGAGAUAGAGAGUGCGGAGAAAUAAUGGCGACAACAGCUGCUACAGCUACCUCAUUAAACUGCGCACGAUUUCCACGCCAAGGACGGCUGAAUCAAGCAACUCGUGGAUUUCAAUGGACAAAGGAGAUCCACUGCACGACAAAGGCACGUCCUGCUAUAAUUACAGCAAAAUUUGAGCUCAAGCCUCCUCCAUAUCCCUUGAACGCAUUGGAGCCACACAUGAGCAAGGAUACCCUGGAAUUUCAUUGGGGAAAGCAUCACAGGGCAUAUGUGGAUAACUUAAACAAACAAAUUGUAGGAACAGAACUAGAUAGCAAGCCGUUGGAAGAUGUGGUAAUUGCUACUUACAACAAGGGUGAUGUGCUUCCCGCUUUUAACAAUGCUGCACAGGCCUGGAAUCAUGAAUUCUUCUGGGGAUGCAUGAAGCCAUGUGGUGGAGGAAAGCCAUCAGGAGAGCUUCUGCAAUUGAUUGAAAGAGACUUUGGUUCCUUUGAAAAAUUUGUGGAAGAGUUUAAAUCAGCUGCAGCUACACAAUUUGGGUCUGGAUGGGCUUGGCUUGUUUACAAAACGGACAAGCUUGAUGUUGAAAAUGCAGUAAAUCCUCGUCCAUCAGAAGAGGACAAAAAGCUGGCUGUGUUGAAGAGUCCCAAUGCUGUGAACCCGCUUGUUUGGGAUUACUCUCCACUCCUUACUAUUGAUGUUUGGGAGCAUGCUUACUAUCUUGACUUUCAGAACCGAAGGCCUGAUUACAUAUCAACCUUCCUGGAGAAGCUUGUAUCAUGGGAAGCAGUCAGUUGUAGAUUAGAAGCUGCCAAAGCUCAAGCUGCUGGCAACUCUUGAGGCCGAUUAAGUUAGACUUCUUUGUAAUGUGGAACAUUUUGUGAUAUUAUUACAUGCAUCAGUUUGUAUCUGUGACUAUAAUAUAGAGGUGAGUUGGAGCGGCAGAGACUAUAGAUUUUGUAACGGUGUCAUGUAUUUGGAAUGCCAGCCUAUGGACUGGAAGCCAAGGAAAAGUAUUAAUGAAAUAAAAUCAUUUCCAAGUUA